CGAAACUCUGCCCCACAACAGCUGAUCUGGUCCUCCAUCCAUAUUCCUACAUAAGGCCUUCGACCUCCAUCCCCGUUCUGCGCACUCGUGCCUCCCGCCCCAGUCAACAUGUCCUCCUCCGCUGCACUCGUGAGCUCGAACGAAAAGAACGAUGUCCAAUACAUCGAAGACACCACCUCCGCCCUCCCACCCCUCCCGCCGACUGACCCUGUUCUCGAACGUCGACUUCUCCUCAAGCUCGACCGAGUCAUCAUCCCACUCACUAUCAUCCUAUACCUCCUCGCCUACCUCGACCGUGGAAAUGCUGGAAACGCAAAGCUCCAAGGCCUCGAAACCUCCCUUCAUCUGACCGACACCGAGUUCAGUGUCGUCCUGGCAUGUUUCUACGUCGCUUAUAUCGUCUUCAACAUCCCGGGUAAUGUUGCGACGAAGAUCUUGCUGCCGAGUACCUCCAUCGCAAUGGGUGCCAUGCUCUGGGGAAUCGCAUCCUCUCUCCAAGCCGCCACAACAUCCUACGCCGGUAUCAUCGUCUGCCGCCUCUUCAUCGGUAUCGGCGAAGCGUUCUUCGGUCCCUCCGUACCCCUCUACUACUCCUACUGGUACAAACGCGACGAAAUCGCCUUCCGCAACGCCCUCUUCAUCGGCAUGGGUGCCCUCGCCGGAACCUUCGGCGGCCUCAUCGCCUUCGGCGUCCAACACAUCCACUCCUCCAUCUCCACCUGGCGAAUCCUCUUCCUCAUCGAAGGUCUUCCCACAAUACUCUUCGCGAUCGCAAUCUUCUUCGUUCUCCCCUCCUCGCCCGAGAAAUCGAAAUACCUCACCGAUUCCGAACGCGAACUCCUCCUCAACCGCCUGUCCCGCGACGGACUCGUCGACACCGGCAAGUUCGAUUGGUCGGGAUUCCGUCGUGCGGUGACGGACUACAAAGUCUACCUAUGUGGUAUCAUCUACCUCGGCGUCAACAUCACCCUCGCAUCCAUCUCCGGUUUCCUCCCCACCAUCAUCAAGAACAUGGGAUACACCGCCGCUGAAGCACAACUCUACACCGUUCCGCCCUACGCCGUCGCAACCUUCCUCACCGUCGCAACCUCCUGGGUCUCUGACAAAUCUCGUCUCCGUGGUCCGUUUGUCGCAGGAUACAUGGCCCUGUCCGCCAUCGGCUUCGGAAUCCUCAUGGGAGUGCAGCAUAACCAACACGUCCGCUACUUUGCCACCUUCCUCGUCGUCUCGGGCGCGUUCACCUGUAUCCCGCUCAUGCUCUCCUGGUGCUCGAACAACUGCGGUUCUCAAUCCCAGCGUGCGGUCGAAGUUGCCAUGAUGAACGGAAUCGGACAGUGCUUCGCAAUCCUCGCCUCAUUCAUCUUCCCGUCCUCGGAGGGACCGGAGUAUCGGAAGGGUUUUGGAUUGAACAUUGCGUUCAACGGGUUGGCUGCGGUGACUGCGUUGGCGUUGAUGUUCCUCGUAAAGAGGGAGAACGAGAGAAGGGACAGGAUUGAGGGACCUCUGCCGAAGGAGGAUGAAGGGAGGGUUGAUACCGUGGGAAUGCACGACUUGGCGAGAGGAUUUAGGUACGUCAUGUGAUUGCUCGAGUAAGUGUGGUAUGUAGGACU